GUGGACCGACUAUGUCCCGCUGGGCAGGAGGCUGCCAGGAACGCGCUUCAUCGCCUUCAAAGUCCCUCUGAAGAAGAGCUUUGAUCACAACCUUCCUCCAGAAGAGAGAUUUUCACCUCGUGACCUCAUUAAGAAAAUCAAAGAACAGAAGGAAGAGCUGGGCCUGAUCAUCGACCUGACGUACACAACUCGCUACUAUGGGCCAGAGGAGCUCCCAGCCUCACUCUGCUACUCCAAGAUCUUGACAAUGGGACACGAAAUACCGAACAAGCACACGAUUUUUCAGUUCAAGUGCGUCGUAAAAAAGUUUUUGAGGGACAACAAAGACAACGAUAAACUCAUCGGAGUUCAUUGCACGCACGGCUUGAACAGAACGGGCUACCUGGUUUGUAGGUACCUGAUUGAUGUCGAAGGCAUGGAACCAAAUGCUGCGAUUGAGCUGUUCAACCAGGCUCGAGGGCAUCCUAUAGAGAGAACCAACUACAUCCAAGAUCUUCGGAAGAGAGCUGUAAAAAA